AUGUGUGAUCCUAUAAUUAGUGAGCAAUAUUAUUUCAAUGAGUAAUUCAGUAUACUCAUUUCAUUAUAGUUCUUGUGAUGUCAAUGUCAAUCAAAUUGAUUUUUCAUAAGGAACAGAUCCAUUUUUUAAAAAUUAACAAUAAUAACAAUCAGAAUUCCCUAAAAUCUAAAUUUUUGAAGAUGCUAACAAUGGCAAUAAUAAUUUUGGAGUAAACUAAAUUUAGAUUGAAGAAAUUAAAAUGGAUAGGCUUAAGAUUAUUAAUGAUAGCUCUGUAGAAGCUUAACCAAAAAGUGGGAGUGAAGGUGAUUAUUCUAGAGAUGCUAGUUAGAAUCAUUAAAAUAGUAGAAGAUCAAGUAUUUUUAUCUUUUCAAUAUAGAAAAAUACACAAAAGAAGAAUAAAAAAAUUUAAAAGAUUCAUUGCAAUCCUAGAUUAUAAUGAAUUUGGGAUAUACAAAGAGCACAUAUAAAAAUAAAAUUCAGAAUCUGGUUAAGAAAGAGACCAAUAGCCAUUUAAUGGUAACAAAAAAAAUUAGAUAAUCGUAUUGAAAUAUUUUGAUUCAUUUUUAGAAAGAGUUAAUAGAAGUUAGAAAGAAAGAAUGAAUAACAAUUAUUAUUGCAUACUGAUUAGUCAUCAUCAGAAAAUCCUGAUUCAUUUAAUGAUGGAAUUACGGAUCCUAAUCGUCUAAAAUAAGUUAGGAAUAGAGAAUCAGCCAGAAAUUCAAGAGCUAGAAAAAAAAUAUAUUUUGAAUUAUUGGAGACUAGAGUACAAGAAUUAUAGGAUGAAAAUGAUAAAUUAAGAGAAUAAUGCAAUAGUUUAUUAAAAUCGAUUGAAAAUUAUAAUAAAUAAUAGGAUAAGGUAAAUAUUAAUAUAUAUGUGUAUAGUAUUCAUAAUUCUUAGAACAAUAAUAACAAUUAUUUGAUAGAUUAGAGAAUUGUAUUAAUUAAGGGAAAGAUGUAACAGAGAUUGAGAUAUUAUUGGAUGCACUUAAAUAUAGAACAUCAUCAAAUAAGUAAGAGAGAAUAGAUGCUGCAAAAUCAUACUUAUAUUAAAUAUUAAAUGUUUGUUUGCCAUUAUAGACAAAAUAUCUGUUCAGUAUAUUAGAUGAUAAAGAUUUCUUUUCUUAAAAUUCUAGGUACAUUUAAAUAUAUUAAAGAAAUUACACAGAUUAUUUGAGAGAUGUGUUUAAGAAAAUUGUUAUUACAAAAACAAAUGAUUUUGGAAAUAAUGAAAAGAUUAAAUAAAAAUUAGGAUAAUCAAAAUAGAAUAUGUAUGAGUAAUAAAUUUGAUCUUAUAUAUGAAUAAAGCUCAUUUAAGAAGAUAAAGAAGGAGAUUAAAUUCAUAUAGAGUGAAGCAGGAAAGGUUGAUUUAUUAUGGGAAUAGUUGAAAGAGAAAUUAUAACCUUAAAUCUUGGCUUAAUGUUUAUUAAUUUUACAUAAGGUAUUAAUUUUAAUAAUAAAUAUAUAUAGAAUUAAUUUAGAGCUGAGUUCUAAGCAUCAACUAUAUUUAAGAGAGUGAAUGACAAAAAAGAUUAAGGAGGAAUGUUAAUUGAAUAAUAAUAAUAAUUGUUGUAAAGAAAAUAAGUAAAAAAAUGUAAUUGA